AUGAAGAGCAUUCUUGUUGUCAGUUUGCUCCUCCUUUCUACUUCAACCACAUCCCAUCUACCUGCGCGCACGCCCAGGACUUGGCUCAUAGACCACCUGGACAAGCACCAGGGCAGUGUCAAGGGCUCGCUCGCCGCGGCCAGGAUCAAGGCGGACGCGGGAGAGGCGAAGCGUAUCCUCGCCCUCGUGAUUGAGACGCUGAAAUACCGCGACGUGAUCCUCGAACUCCUUGAAAAGGUGCCCCUGCUGAAGCUCGAGAGGGAGACUUUCAGGCCAAAGGGAACGCCGAGCUCGCGGAACCUCAUCAUCGUGCUGCUGCAUGAUUUGCUGUUCUCGACUCGCGCGCGGAUCGAGGCUUCGGACAAGUGGCCGCCCAAGGCUGCCGUCGCACGUCACCAGGCCCGCCUCAAGGCCGAGCUGGUGCGUAUCCAGUUACGUGCUGGGGUAUCGUCGGUGCGUGAGCUGGGCCGCACCGCCAGCGCAGACGUGCAGGCCCGCUAUGUCCGCUGGAAUCCGAACAUUGAUGCGAGUCGCGCAGAGGAUUGGUCCCUCCCAGCACUACACAAGCACCUCGCGACCAAAGGGUUCACGCACAUCGAGGAGGCUGUGUACCCCGUUCCGAGCCGCAAGUACUUCAUGGACCCACAUCUGCCGGAUUACCUCCUCGUCUUCCCGCCCGAGACGAGCUGGUGGGCUGGAGACCGGUGGUACGAGGCGGGCGCUGUUGUGCUGCAGGACAAAGCGAGUUGUUUCCCCGCCGCCGUGAUCAUGGGCGAGUGGGACGGCGGCGAGUGCAUCGACGGCACAGCGGCGCCGGGAAACAAGACGAGUCUAAUGUCCGCACUCAUGGGCAACAAGGGAACACUGUAUGCGUUCGAGAAGAGCGCACACCGCUUCAAGACGCUCGAGAAGAUGCUCGCACGCGCGGGAUGCAGCAACACCUCCGCCACGCGAGGCGACUUCACCCAAGCCGAUCCCGCCGAUUACCCGAACGUCACGCGCAUUCUCCUCGACCCCAGCUGCAGUGGGUCAGGUAUCGUGAACCGCCUCGAUUACCUUGUCGAGCAGGACGAGACUGAGGACGAUGACCGCCUCGACAAGCUCGCUGCGUUCCAGCUGCAGAUGAUCCAGCACGCAUUCAAGUUCCCGGCUGUCAAGCGCAUCGUGUACUCGACCUGCUCUAUCCAUGCUGAGGAGGACGAGCGCGUCGUCGUCAAGGCGCUCAAGUCUGGCGGCGGAAAGUGGCGGGUAGCACCCCGCGCCUCCGUACUGCCGGCAUGGGAGAGGCGAGGGCGCGUGGAGGAGCUUGGGACGGAUGCCGAGGGCGUCAUCCGCUGCUUGCCCGAGGACAAGACCAACGGUUUCUUCGUCUCCUGCUUUGAGCGUGUGGAAGGGGGCAUGAAGGAGGGGAAGGGGUCAAAGAGUGCGAAGCGGCCGCGUGAAGAAGAGGUGGUAGAGGAGGAAGCAGCGGCUGAGGACGACAACGUCGCCGGCGAACCCAAGGAGCUCAAGCCCAAGACGGCGGCGCAGCUUGAACGUGCGCGCCGCAAGAAGCAGCAGCAGAAGCAGAAGAAGCGGCGGACCUAG